CAGUAUAUCUAUACACAAAGUUCCGAAAUUACAAAUAUUUGGCACAGAAUCCUCAGUUGUUUGCUGUAAAGUCGAUAGCAAUGUUUUGCCAAUYGGAUAUAUUAUUUAAUCUAAAAUGCUUGACAUGAUUUGUUAUGAAGUCCUUUCUGCGAAUAGGGUAAUGAUUAAACUGUUCAAUGUGAACAUAGUAUUAGCUUUGCUGGGUUUGUAUUUGUGUUCAAAGCCUAGGCUACCAAUCGGGCUACCAGCUUUGCAAGGUAUUGUGAAUCGUAAGUAAUUAAAUUAAACAGUAAUAGGACAAUCGUGUUAUAUGCCGACCAUUUAACCAAUCCCUGCUUACGCUCUUCAAAAAUUGCUCAGUUAUGAUAUUGCCUUGCGAUUUUCAAGUCAAGAGGAUUUUUAAAUCUGAAAACACCUGUUUAAUUUUUUAAAGAGUUUGUUAACUGUUUCCACAAAAAAACGAAAAUCUUUACCUACACGACGGUCAAAGCUAUAUAUCUUUAUUUCUCGCCUACUGCUGAGAAUUGUUAUUUUUACUUUGCCGUUCGUUCUAUCAAAUUAUGAAUUAUUUAAUCAAGCAAACCUUUUGCUUGUCAGAAAAUUUUGACAUCCAAGCUAAUAAUGUACACAAAAGAAAAAGAAAUGAAACUUCCACUAAAGCGAAAUAUUUUUUUUGAGUUUGUGUACAACAAGAACCAAUGCAUCCCUUCAGUUGGUUGCAGCCGACUAGGCGAUUGKUAGAACUACAAGUAGAUUUAUAUUAGUAAUUCUCUCAAAUUCAGUGAUUUUUGUUCAAACCUAUUUCAGUGUCAAUAGUGCCAUGCAGGUAACUAUAAAACAGCCUUUCGCAAUGUGUAAGUUUUAACGGGUAUUUUCCCGAGAAAACAAAGGAUUAUCAGCCUUUCUGUCGAAAUUAAGAUGACAGAUAUCAAAUUUUCUUUAACGCCGUGACAUUGUGAGUUAAAAGCGAUAUCCCAGCCAAGUUUUGUCCUUUCGUUAAUAGGAAAUGAUGUUUGCUUAACUGUUAUGACUUUUCUUAGAAAGUUCCUAUAGUCGCCAUUAGUCUUUGCCGYUUCUCGGGUAGCAGUUYUCUUCAGUGGCCGUUCGUCUAUAAUUUAUGAGAUGUGGUCUUUUUUUCUUUUAUGUAUAUUAAAACAGGCUGGAGAUAUUAUGCUGAAUUUUGUAUUGAGUUGCUUUUGACAGCUGUUUCGCUGUUCCACAACGAGCUUUAUUUAAAUUUUAAUACGUUGUUGGCUAGCUGUGUGUUUACGCCAAGGAUGCGACAAAAGGACAGACGAAGCUAAGGCAAAACARGAACAUCACCACGAAUGAUUUUUAGUUAGGAUUUAAUGGGAAAUGGCUGAGAUCAAUGACAACGACACUCAUCGAAACACUUUGAAGUGCGUGGACUAGUCGGUGCUGCUGUUUGCUUACUGUGGAGUAGUCUUAAGCCAUGGCAGUACAAGCAACAGCUGCUCUUGCAGCCAGACGGCCAAGUCAUAUGGCUACUAAAGAAUGGAUGACUAACGUUGUACAACCUUCUGCAGGGGAAGAAAAAAUUGUUAUUAUCAACAUUGGAGGAAAGAAGUUCGAAACUUACGAACACACACUAGACCAGUUCCCUAAUACCUUGCUAGGGUCGACAGAAAAGAGACAAUAUUACUACGAUCCWUUAAAGGAUGAAUAUUUCUUUGAACGGCACAGAAGCUCAUUUACAGCAAUAUUGUAUUAUUAUCAGUCAAACGGUAUCUUGGAACGACCUCUCAACGUCCCAGAACAUAUCUUUCUUGAAGAAAUCGAAUUCUUUGAGCUAACWGAUGUAAUUCAGACUCGCAAUGAAGAAGAAAUGAAAAGGCAACUCGAUGCGAUAGAAGACGAAAAAAAGGAAGAACUUCCCCACAACAAGGUCAUGAAAACAAUUUGGGUGACUUUUGAAAACCCGAACUCUUCAAAUUUUGCCAAAGUCUUAGCRAUUUGGUCUUUGUCAAUCAUUGUUCUUUCUAUACUGGUAUUUUGUAUCGAAACCCUCCCUUCCAUGGACGACACUUAUAAGUACGUCAAAGUGAACGGAACAAGAACGAAGGUGGACGGUCCAAAAAUCAGAGUCGACAUAUGUAAUGGAUUGAAUGUCUUUUGCACAAUGUGGUUCACGCUUGAACUCAUCAUUCGAUUCAUCGUCUGUCCAAAUAAAGUCCAAUUCGUCAAGACGUUUCUCAACAUUCUGGACUUUCUUUCAAUUCUUCCAUUUUACGUCACCAAGGCCCUGCACGGUCAUGGUGGAAGCAUUGACGUCUUGAGAGUGAUCCGUGUGAUUCGUGUAGCAAGAAUCUUUAAACUUUCUCGACAUUCAAGAGGUCUGUAUAUUCUUGGGAAAACUCUGCAUUCUAGUUUGAAUGAACUGUUGAUGCUGUUUUUGUUUCUACUGAUGGGAGUGAUAUUGUUUGCAAGCGCRGCGUAUUACGCUGAGUACAAAGACAACUCGCAAUUUGCCAGUAUUCCUCACAGCUUCUGGUGGGCUGUUGUUACCAUGACAACUGUUGGGUAUGGUGAUAUUGCACCACAGACAUUGGCAGGUAAACUUGUUGGUGCUCUCUGUGCGUUAUCUGGAGUGUUGGCAAUAGCACUACCAGUACCCGUCAUAGUAUCAAACUUUGAAUACUAUUACAAAGAAGAAAUGACCAGAAGAGAGCGAGAAGAAAAGUUAAACAAUGCUAAACUUGAACCARCAGCAGUAUCUGCAGCUAUAUCGUUCCGCAGCCUGAACCAAUCAUGCAAUAUUAAGUCACCAUWUUUGGAAAGAAAGAUCCUUGAACGGGAAUUGCGAUCAGCUCACUCGACUCCAGACCCCUUACGAAGACGUCAAGAUAACUUCCAUCACUCGCCCGCGCCGCAUAAGAAGAAUGGGUCGAUGAAAUUUGGAGCAUUACAAGAAAUAGACGAAACAAGUCACUCAGAUGAUCAUCAUAAAGCUGCCGAAACAAAGAUUUGAUUCGACGAUUAUUUUGAAAUUAGCCAAAAUGUCAAGAUAUGUUUGGUCAACAGCUGUUUCGUUGAUUCAUCAGUACUUAUGGGCUGGAACCAUUAGACGGCGCAAACAAACGAUUCAGUAAUCGACAAUAUAAAGAAUUCUACAAAUCUGUUYACAAAAAAAGUGCUUUAUCCAAAGAAGAAUACUGAUUUCUUUACCAAAAGAAAUAUUGAAGAACAUCAAAAGUUGCAAGAUUCACUACGUCAGUCUACCAAGAUGCGUGGAAAAGACUGCUUCUUAUAAAAGACAUAACAUGAAUUUCUCGGAGUACAACUAAUUACAAAAACAUUGUCCUAAAGAAAUUGAACGUUUAUACUUUGGUUCAAAAAGAAUCCCUUACAAAGUCAAUGAAUAACAUCCAGGCUGAGUGUCUGUUUUUUAAUUAGUCCUAUUGCACUAAAGUAUAAAUGAUCUAUUUCUCUACGAAAAUAGGCGUGAAUCUGAGAAUCUUGCAAGCCAAACUUUAUCUCAGAUAGAGAUAGGAGAGACAUAUAUUCGCUCAAUUGAGUCCGCUGGUGUGACAUGCUGGGCGAAGAAAUCCCACAGAGAUAAAGACUUAUGCCAUUUUUAUAUUCGAUUCCGAAAAGGUAAAGCCACUAAYUUCAAGACGACGAAUAUCCUGGUUAUAAUCUCAGGGUUUCGUUCGAAUUUUGAACAAUUAUUCGUAUUUCAUAAGACUAUUUAAAAGAGUCACUCGAACAUUUUAGAAAUUUAAAUUAUUCUAGUGACAGUUUUCUAGUAGUUUUGUCACAUUAUUUAUUGAAAAACUGAAUAAUUAUCUUCAAUAGUUUAUAAAGCUGAUCGAAGUGAGCACUAUGUGAAUGACGAUAAAGCAAGCAACUGGAUUGUAUUUAUAAAGAUUAGAUUUUUCCUUCAGCGGUUGUCAAUAAUACGUGCAUGUGAGGAAUUCUCUUGUUAACAUCUUUUUAAAGAC